AUGCCGCAGCCAUUGCCCAGCAAGGAGCAGACGCUCUUCCGUUCGCUUGUCAAGUACUACGAGGGCAAGCUGUACAAGAAGGGCCUCAAGGCUGCCGAACAGAUCUUGAAGAAGCACCCCACCCAUGGCGACACCCAAGCGAUGAAGGCCCUGAUCCUCAAUUCCAUAAAUCAGGGCGACGAAGCCUUUGCCCUCUGCAAAGAAGCCCUCCGAAAUGACAUGAAGUCGCACAUCUGCUGGCACGUUUACGGUUUACUGUGGCGCUCAGUCAAGAACUACCCUGAAGCCAUCAAGUCAUACAAGAUGGCUUUGCGAUUAGAGCCAGGCUCGUUGAACAUUCUCCGCGACCUCGCCCUCCUUCAAUGCCAAGUCCGCGACUACGAGGGAUAUAUUGAGAGUCGGCGCAAGAUGAUGCAGGAGCGACCACAAUUGCGUCAGAACUGGACUGCUUUGGCCGUUGCUUACCAUCUUUCAGGCAAUUUCACCGAAGCAGAAAAUAUCCUCAAGACCUACGAGGAGACGCUGAAGCAGCCUCCGCCCAAAUCCGACCUCGAACAUUCCGAAGCGACUCUAUACAAGAACAUGAUCAUCUACGAAUCUGGCGACGUGGAGCGUGCCUUGAAACACAUAGACGAGGUGGUUAGGGUCAGUCUCGAUCGACGCGCCGCGUUGGAGCUGAGGGCGAAAUACCUACUCGAACUUGGGCGCAAGGAAGAGGCCGAGAAGGCUUACCGGGUCUUAUUGACUAGAAACAACGAGUACCGAGGAUACUUCGAAGGGCUAGAAAAGGCCUUGGGUCUGGAUCGCUCCAACGACGCCGAUAUUGAGAAACUGAACGAACUGUAUCAAUCAUUUGCCAGCAAGAACGAGCGCAACGAUGCUGCAAGGCGCAUACCAUUGGACUUCCUUCAGGGUGAGGCAUUCAAGACACAGGUGGACCAAUACCUCCGAAGGAUGCUCAACAAGGGUGUGCCUUCAACCUUCCCAAACAUCAAGUCACUCUACCGUGACGAGGGAAAAAAGGCAGUCAUUGAGGAACUUGUGCUUGGCUAUGCAUCAGAGAAGAAGACCAACGGCUCUGCCGAAAAUGAGAGCAAUGGCAACACCACCGAUCGAUUCGAACAGUCUGUGCUGUACUUCCUCGCCCAGCACUACAACUACGUCCUAAGUCGUGAUCUUGACAAGGCCAUGGGAUACAUAGACAAGUUGAUUGAGAUGGAUCCAAAGUCGGUCGAUUAUAGUCAAACCAAAGCACGGAUCUACAAGCACGCCGGCGAUGCCCAGAAAGCUUCGGAAACGAUGAACCAUGCGAGACAGCUUGAUGAGAGGGAUCGAUACAUCAACACCAAGUGCGCCAAAUAUCAGCUACGCAACAACGAAAACGAGAAUGCGCUCAACACAAUGAGCAAGUUCACCCGUAAUGAGGCUGUAGGUGGACCGCUCGGUGAUCUCCACGACAUGCAGUGUAUGUGGUAUCUGAUUGAAGACGGAGAGGCUUAUCUGCGACAAGAGAAAUACGGUCUCGCACUGAAGCGCUUCACAGCUAUCGCGGACAUCUUCGAUGUCUGGCACGAGGACCAAUUCGAUUUCCAUAGCUUCUCACUACGAAAAGGACAGAUCCGCGCCUACAUUGACAUGAUCAGAUGGGAGGACCACCUACGCGAUCACCCAUUCUUCACCAGGGCAGCCACCCAAGCAGUCGAGCUGUAUGUCCGGUUAGCAGACAACCCGAAGAUGUCAAAUGCAGAUGAGCUCGAAUUAGACAAGCUGGAUCCUACAGAGCGCAAGAAGGCUGAGAAGAAGGCAAAGAAGGAGAGGGAAAAGGCUGAGAAGGCAGAGGCAGAGCGGAAAGCAGCUGCAGCUGCAAAGGCAACAGCCAAGGGGGAAGAUGGCGACACCAAGAAAGAGGAUACCGAUCCAAAUGGCGAGAAGCUGCUUCAGACCAAGCAGCCUCUAGAAGAUGCCCUACGGUUCCUACAGCCCAUGCUCGAGUUGGCCCCGAAGAACAUCAAGGCUCAGAAUGUGGGCUUUGAGGUCUAUAUCCGAAGAAACAAGUACCUCCUCGCUCUCAAGUGUCUACAAGCAGCACGUGAGAUUGAUCCGGAGAACCCCAAGCUACACGAACAGAGUGUGCGCUUCCGCCAAGCCAUCAGCAAACCCGUCGAGCCUCUCUCCUCUCAAGCAUCAGAGGUCAUCAAAGCCACUUUCACCGCACCACCCGCGGAUACUGACCUCAACGCUUACAACGACGAGUUUUUGAAGAAGCACUCGGAGAGCGCAUUGCACCUCCAAUCCGGAUAUAAUGUCCGUUACAUUCUUGACAAUAGCUCCAAAUCGCAAAAUGAGCAGGACCUGCUAAAGACACUGGAUCUCCCAACCAUGACGAUCGAAGAGGCGAAGGCUGGACUGACAUUGCUCAGUGAGUGGAAGAGCGAGCAGGGAGUCAAGGAUGACUACAGGGGGAAGGCUGCCAGUCGCUGGAGUGCAGCUGUUUGUGAUACUAAGCAUCCAUCGUGCGCGAAUUGCGACAAAAAGGGCGAGAAAUGUAGCUUCUUGGCACUGGUACCGUCUUCGCGUCUCCUGACAAGCUCAACAUCACCCAGUCCUGAGCGCCCGCAAGACGUAUCACCGUCGCCUAAACCUGAGACUCCAAAGCCUCAAUCGAUACCAGUACAUUCUCCAACAAACCUCGCGGCUUUUAGCAAUGAGGUCGCGCUUGCAACACAAACACCCCGUCAAACUGAGAUAUCACUCCAAGAUUCUUAUCUCGACGAUUCGGUCUCUCAAACCCGGCUUUCUUUACAUCCCACAGCCUUUUUCGAUAUCAGCAUACCACCGUAUCUUCGUCCGUAUGAUGCCUGGAAAGAUAUCCGGGAAUUACUCCCGCCACCACUGCAAGAGGUUCUGUGUCACUAUGAAUUCACCACUUCCCUUACUCUCGCAAACGACGAUCCAGCAAAAGCAGCAUGGCAAUCGUAUAUUCCUGAAAUGGCACAUAGCCAUGAAUUCCUCACAAACUGUGUGUUAUCAGUCGCUUCGCUGCAUCUCGGUCGGCUUCACGAAAACAAGGAAGCCAAAAAGAAGAUGAAUACGCUAGCGGCUGCACGAAUGAACAAAGCUCUAACAAAGUAUCGGGUUGAGUUGGAAAACAUUACAGAGAGCAACGCUGCGGCACUCUUUGCUAGUUCAACAUUCACAGCUGUGUAUCUUUUUCGCACAGCAUCAAUCGAUUUUGAGAACCUCCGUGCUUCAAUCCCAUCGGAUGCGACCACACCGUCACCAGAGAUAGUCGACAAGAUGCUAUCAUGUGCAUUGCGCACGAUAUGGGGACUCCGCGGUCCCCUAACAGUCCUACUAUCAGGAUGGAGUUGGGUGGUGGGAAGUAAAAUGCAUCCAGUCACUGCACGAGAAUGGUGGCCAGAAUACAACAUUUCUGCAACACCGCGCGCAGUCUUGGAAGAUGAACUCCUACUAGAGAUUGAGAAGUUAUGGACGGAGGGAAAGGAUCCUUUGGAACCGCACUGCGUCUGCCUCUCUCAAGCACUACUCUACCUCCGCCAAAGCUUCAACUUGAUUAGUCAACUGACACUGCCCGAACGUUUCCCGCCAAUGUCAGCAGUUCCAUAUUCAAUUGACGACAACACCAUCUCCACCCUUACAGAUCGCGGCGCAAUCUUCGUCUGGGCGGCUCGCAUUCCACGAGAGUUUAUCAACCUCGUCGAGUCCAAGAAUGCACAUGCACUCGUCAUUCUCGCACACUACGCCAUUUUGCCAGGCAGAGUCCGAAACGUAUGGUGGCUCGAAGGGCUAGGCGCCGACAUCGUCACAGCCGUGGCAAUGACUCUCGGUCGCGAAAACUGGGGCUUGAUCGAGUGGCCCGCAGGCGUCGUCGGCGUGGAUCUAGAAAAUGCAUUUCGGGUGGAGAGACGCAAGGACAAGUUGGAAGGCAGUCCAUGUGAAAUGCACAUGGAUGUCAUAUGA